UCAACCAUCAGACAGGAGAAGAAGUCAAAGGAGCUGACAAGAGUCACCAAAAGAGUGAAAGAAUUGAAACCUUAAAGCAGUCAAACCCUCCUAAGAUGAAGACAUUCAGUGUUGCAGUUGCAGUGGCCGUCGUGCUCGCCUUCAUUUGCCUUCAGGAGAGCUCUGCUGUCCCAGUCACUGAGGUGCAAGAGCUGGAGGAGCCAAUGAGCAAUGAGUAUCAAGAGAUGCCAGUGGAAUCAUGGAAGAUGCCGUAUAACAACAGACACAAGCGUCACAGCAGUCCUGGUGGCUGUCGCUUUUGCUGCGGUUGCUGUCCUAAUAUGAGCGGAUGUGGUGUCUGCUGCAGGUUCUGA